GCGUCGUCUGUUGGUGUCGGUGCAACAUUAUCACACAAGUUUCCGGACGGUACUCUCAAGGUGGUACAGCAUGCCUCCAGAGCACUCACAGCAGCAGAGAAAAACUAUAGUCAGCCCGAUCGUGAAGGACUUGCAAUAAUUUUUGCAGUGACUAAAUUUCACAAAAUGUUGUUUGGUCGUCGCUUUCAUCUUCAGACUGAUCACGAGCCGCUGCUGAGGAUUUUCGGUUCGAAGAAAGGAAUUCCUGUUUACACAUCGAACCGGUUACAACGUUGGGCUCUUACGCUAUUGCUUUAUGAGUUCACCAUCGAGUACGUCCCGACAGCGAAAUUCGGCAAUGCUGACAUACUUUCCCGUCUGAUCAACCAGCACGUCAGACCUGAGGAAGAUUACGUGAUUGCUUCGGUCUCUUUGGAGAAUGACUUAAGGUCAGUUACACAAGAUACACUAACCGUUCUCCCUCUGAGUUUUAGAAUCGUACAACAGUCUACAUAGUCCGAUCCUAUCACCAAAGCAGUUUAUCGAUACCUGAUUGACGGUUGGCCUGAGACCGUUACUGAUGCAGAGCUCAAGCGGUUUUAUGCACGACGUGAGUCACUUACCACGGUACAAGGCUGCAUACUAUUUGGCGAUCGACUUGUUAUUCCUUCGCCCCAUCGCAAGCGCAGUCUUCAGCAGCUUCAUCGUGGCCACCCUGGAAUCCAGCGAAUGAAGGCGAUUGCCAGGUCUUAUGUUUAUUGGCCAACUCUCGAUAACGACAUUGUUGAUUAUGUUAAAUCCUGCCAUCAAUGUGCGAUGGCUGCGAAAACACCACCGAAGUCAGCGCCUUUGUCUUGGCCUAAAUCAACAAAACCGUGGCAGCGUGUACAUCUUGACUAUGCUGGACCGAUCGACGGGGAAUACUACUUGGUCGUCGUGGAUUCUUUUUCGAAGUGGCCUGAGAUUGUGCAGACUCGCAGCAUCACUACAGCCGCUACAAUCAAAAUCAUCAGAGAACUGUUCGCACGCUUGGGAAUGCCAGAGACACUAGUGAGCGACAACGGCUCACAGUUUACCAGUGCAGAAUUUCAAUCCUACUGUACGGGUAAUGGUAUCGACCAUCUCACAACUGCGCCGUUUCACCCACAAUCGAACGGUCAAGCUGAGCGGUUUGUGGAUACAUUCAAACGGUCAAUAAAGAAGAUUAAGGAGGGGAGAGCGACAAUGCGUGAAGCACUCAGUACAUUUUUGCUGACUUAUCGGAGCACACCUUGUUUUUCUUCUCCGGAUGGAAAAUCACCAGCAGAAGUCAUGUUCGGUCGUCCGAUCCGUACCAGUUUGGAGCUACUCCGUCCUCCACCAGAUUCUGUGCAGUUUGAACAGCCCAGCGAGAGCCGACCCUUGAAGCGUGAGUUUAAAGCUAAAGAUCCGGUAUACGCAAAAGUCUUCGUUAAAAAUCAAUGGCACUGGGCUCCAGGAACAGUACUGGAACGUAUAGGUCGUGCAAUGUACAACGUUCAGCUCGACAAUAGAAGGCUUGUUCGCUCCCAUGUUAACCAGCUUCGAGAUCGCGCUAUAUCAGAGGAUCUCAACGUAUCGACAUCGACAGAUAGUACGAAACUUCCACUCAACAUUCUACUUGAUGCUUGGAAUCUUCUGGUUCGUCGUACAACGGAUCCAUUAGCACACUCAACACCAGUAGCACCUCUUACAAGCUGCUCUAGUUUGAGACCAUCGUCAACACCAAAUACUCUGGUGAGAAGGCCUACCUUAUCAUCGGAGUCAUCGUCACAGUUAUCAGUAUCGUCUUCUUCAUCUUCAACAUCGCCAAGUUCGACAUCAGAAUUUCAAUCUGCAAAUGAAGCCGAUUCAGCUGUUCAGGUACCUCGCCUCUCUUCGCGUGUCCGAAGAGCUCCGCAAUGGUUCGACCCCUAUCAGCUGUAUUAGGAGGGGAGAUGUUGGAGACGUGGACAUCCCUACAACUCAACAGGAAUUGCUGGGCUCACUGGUGGCAGCCCGCCUGUCACUCAGUUGAUGCACCGAACAGCGUCCAGUCAGUCAUCAGUCAGUCAUCAGUCAGUCCGUUGAGCACAUGCUCUUUUAUUUUAACCUUUCGUUAUUAAAAGUAUUUUAUGUAGUCUGUACGCGAGUGUCUUUUUAUUUGAUCAACAAGACUCCUGACCUGCCCGCGCACAGGGCUACAACAUAAAUGUAUUGUUCACACUGUAUUUUUAUCGCUGUCAGUCUUAAGAAAAUUGUUGCCGAUAGAUUGAAAUCUGCGUGUGUCACAGCAAAUACGCGCGAGGAAUGCAUGGCUGUUUAAAACAAAAGAAGUUCAGCGUGGUCACCGAGAUUGCGGGAGACUAUUCUAGAGGCUCAAUACUAACAAUUAAGCGGAUAAAAAAGAAGUCGAUUUUUUGCCCACUACACCAGACGCCCCCUUAAGAUGAAUGAGAUGUACACUAAAGCAGAGAUGAUGCUUAUA